GGCCCUUUUGUGGUCCGUCAGACCAGCUCUACUAGGUGUGGACAGGAUAUGCUCUGUAACCUCUUCUGUGUCACUCAUCUAGAAUUAGCCCUGUAGAUUUAGCCUUUAGCAUCGAUGUUCAGGUCUCUCUGACAAAACCCUCCAAAUUAUCUACGCAAAUUAUCACACCUCAUGUUUCUUUAGCAGUCUGGGUGUUGUGCAGGCGAAGAGAAACGACGGUGGCAGAGACUACAUGUGUAAGGCUACAUGUGUGACCGUUUACUCGCGGCUUCCCACACAGCCUCAGCUAACGGCUAGGUCUUUUAGGUGGAAUUCCGUCACUCUUUUCGCCCUCGUUUAUAUUUUUCCAUAAGCUAAGGAUUUAACUUUUUGGGUACUUGUUAAAAAAGGACAAAUUAUAUUUUUUCCUCAAAGACACUUUCUUUAGCCAUUUUGCUAACUCCAAAUUAGCUUCGUUUUUUUAUUUUAUAAUAAAUUACAAUGUGGGAGUUCCGCUCUAUGAUGUUCUGGCGGGCGGUGUUUGCUGAGUUUUUCGGCACCAUGUUCUUCGUCUUCUUUGGGAUGGGCGCAGCUCUACGCUGGACCUCCGGGCCGUACCAUGUCUUCCACACUGCCCUCUGCUUCGGUUUCGCUGCUGCCACGCUCAUCCAAUCCAUUGGCCACAUCAGCGGAGGACACAUCAAUCCGGCCGUCACCUUUGCUUACUUAAUCGGCUCUCAGAUGUCCUUUUUCCGAGCUUUCUUCUACAUCUGCGCUCAGUGCCUGGGGGCCAUGGCAGGAGCCGCGGCCCUGUAUGGAGUUACACCCAACAACAUGAGAGGCACACUGGCACUUAACACGCUGCAGCCUGGCAUGAGUCUUGGCAUGGCGACUACAGUGGAGGUGUUUCUCACCAUGCAGUUGGUGGUUUGUGUUUUCGCCGUCACAGAUGAGAGACGAAACGGCCGUGUGGGUUCUGCUGCUCUGUCUAUAGGCUUCUCUAUCACUAUGGGUCACCUGAUGGGGAUGUACUACACUGGAGCUGGCAUGAACCCAGCUAGAUCUUUCGCUCCUGCUAUCAUCAUGAGGAAUUUCAUCAACCACUGGGUGUAUUGGGUGGGACCCAUGAUUGGUGGAGCUAUGGGUGCCAUCCUGUAUGAUUUCAUGCUGUUUCCUCGUAUGCGGGGUCCCUCUGAGCGGCUAGCCACUCUCAAGGGCAGCCGACCUCCAGAGACCGAGAACCAGCAGGACACCCGCGGGGAGCCCAUCGAGCUGAAGACUCAAACCCUAUAAACCUGCUAAGAACCUGUGGACUGAAAUCUGGCUCUACCUCAACGGACCAU